UAGGAUUUCAGUAAAGUCGGUUCCUGUUAAAAUAUUUGCCGGGGAUAGGGAAUACAGCUAUCUGAGGAGACGUUAUAAUCCUACUAGCUACUAUUUUAGCUAGCGAUACAGAUAUGAAACGCUUGUGGAUUAUUGGAUUCCUUUGCGCUCUUCUAGCCGUUACUUCAGUCAGAGCGGACGACGAUGUAGAUGUAGACAUCGACGCCACUGUGGAGGAGGAUCUUGGUAAAAGUCGAGAUGCGUCCAAGACUGAUGACGAGGUGGUGCAGAGGGAGGAGGAGGCGAUCCAGCUGGACGGCCUUAACGCUGCUCAGAUAAAGGAGAUCCGGGAGAAGUCGGAAAAGCACGUCUUCCAGGCCGAAGUGAACAGGAUGAUGAAGCUCAUCAUCAACUCUCUGUACAAGAACAAGGAGAUCUUCCUCCGAGAGCUGAUAUCCAACGCUUCAGAUGCCCUGGAUAAGAUCCGGUUGCUGUCCCUGACCAAUGACGACGCUCUUUCCGGUAACGAGGAGCUCACAGUGAAAAUUAAGUCCGACAAGGAGAAGAACAUGCUGCAUAUCACAGACACAGGCAUUGGCAUGACCAAAGAGGACCUUGUGAAGAACCUGGGCACCAUCGCCAAGUCUGGCACCAGCGAGUUCCUCAACAAGAUGACGGAGAUGCAGACGGAGGGCCAGUCCACCUCCGAGCUGAUUGGCCAGUUCGGUGUCGGCUUCUACUCGGCCUUCCUGGUGGCCGACAAGGUCAUCGUCACGUCCAAGCACAACAACGGCACCCAGCACAUCUGGGAGUCGGACUCCAAUGAGUUCUCCGUCAUCGAGGAUCCUCGCGGGGACACCAUGGGCAGAGGCACCACCAUCACGCUAGUGAUGAAGGAGGAGGCAUCAGACUACUUGGAGCUGGAGACCAUCAAGAACCUGGUGAAGAAAUACUCCCAGUUCAUCAACUUCCCCAUCUACGUAUGGAGCAGCAAGACUGAGACGGUGGAGGAGCCUGUCGAUGAGGCGGAAGAGGCCGAUGCUGAAUCCGACAAGAAGGAUGCCACCGAAGACGAGGCUGACGUGGAGGAGGAAGAGGAGGACAAGGACAAGCCGAAGACUAAGAAGGUAGAAAAGACAGUGUGGGACUGGGUGCUCAUGAAUGAUAUCAAGCCAAUCUGGCAGAGACCGGCCAAAGAAGUGGAGGAGGACGAGUACACCGCCUUCUACAAGACCUUUUCACGGGAUACGGACGAGCCCCUGUCUCACAUUCACUUCACCGCUGAAGGAGAGGUCACCUUCAAAUCGAUCCUGUUUGUGCCCGGGGCCGCACCCAGGGGGCUUUUUGACGAGUACGGCACCAAGAAGAACGACUUCAUCAAGCUCUUUGUCCGUAGAGUGUUCAUCACGGACGACUUCAAUGACAUGAUGCCCAAGUAUCUGAAUUUCGUCAAGGGUGUGGUUGACUCCGAUGACCUUCCCUUGAAUGUUUCCAGAGAAACUCUACAGCAGCACAAACUGCUCAAGGUCAUCCGGAAGAAGCUGGUGCGUAAGACCCUGGACAUGAUCAAGAAGAUCGCCGAGGAGCACUACAACGACAAGUUCUGGAAGGAGUUUGGCACCAACAUCAAGCUGGGCGUGAUCGAGGACCACUCCAACAGGACGCGCCUGGCCAAGCUGCUGCGCUUCCAGACAUCCCACAGUGAGACAUCGGUCUCCAGCCUGGAGCAGUACCUGGAGAGGAUGAAGGAGAAGCAGGAGAAGAUCUACUUCAUGGCCGGGAGCAGCAGGAAAGAGGCGGAGUCCUCUCCCUUCGUGGAGAAGCUGCUGAAGAAGGGCUACGAGGUGAUCUACCUGACCGAACCCGUGGACGAGUACUGCAUCCAGGCCCUGCCCGAGUUCGACGGAAAGCGCUUCCAGAACGUGGCCAAGGAGGGCGUAAAGUUUGACGAGAGCAACAAGGCGAAGGAGAAGAGGGAGGCAGAGGAGAAGGAAUUUGAGCCCCUCACCAACUGGCUGAAGGACAAGGCCCUGAAGGAUCAGAUUGAGAAGUCUGUCCUCUCCCAGAGGCUAACCAACUCUCCCUGUGCCCUGGUCGCCAGUCAGUACGGCUGGUCUGGGAACAUGGAGAGGAUCAUGAAGGCACAGGCUUAUCAAACCGGAAAAGAUAUCUCCACAAACUACUAUGCAAGUCAGAAGAAGACCUUAGAAAUAAACCCCAAACAUCCCCUCAUCAAAGAGAUGUUGAAACGGGUCUCGGACAACCCUGACGACCAGACUGCCUCAGAUCUUGCGGUGGUUCUGUUUGAGACGGCCACCCUGAGGUCUGGCUUCCACUUGGCCGACACCAAAGCCUACGGAGACCGGAUAGAGCGGAUGCUAAGGCUCAGCAUGAAUGUGGAUCUCGAUGAGCAGGUGGAGGAGGAGCCCGAGGAGGAGCCCGAAGAACCAGCCGAGGAUGAUGAUGAUGAUGAUGAUAAUGAUAAUGAUGAUGAUACUACUGAAGAUGAAGUAAAAGCAGAAGACGAGGAAACGGCUUCGACAGAGAGGGAUGAACUGUAGAGUGCUGAACCGGGGGAAGGGUAUGGGAAGGAAGGCGGGGAGCAGAACAGACUGGAGCCGUCCAAGCCAAUUGUCACUCUGCUGUGGGAGGGGCCUAGCUGGGCUUUGGGGGUUUUUUAAAGAGGGAUUUUGUUUUUGUUUGUUUGUUUGUUUGUUUUUUUACCUUCCUCAUGACUGUAAAUUUGUUAAUAUUUAACUUGCCCAAUUAUGGAGUGAUAUCAUGUUGUCAUGUGAACCAGUAAAUGUUUUCAGAAAGG